AUGAAUUACGAUAAAAGUAAUAUAAAUUUGGUUAUUCUUGGUCAUAUCGGCUCUGGUAAAUCUGCAUUGAUCUGCCAUUUGAUCUCUAAAUAUGGUACGUUGGACAAGAAUUAUAUGACAAAGUUUGAAAAUGAAUUAUUAAGUAUAGAACCUUCAUCUUCGAAAUAUGCCUGGGUGUUGAAAAAGCUUAAAACUGAACGCGAAUCUUGUGAUUCUACUGACUCAUCUUUUUGGCAAUUCAGAUCUCCUAGACACACCGUCACAGUCAUCGAUGCCCCUGGACACGAUUACUUCAUUAGAAAUAUGAUCACUGGAUCUAGCCAUGCUGAUUGUGCUAUUCUCAUCGAUUCUGCAGCCCGCGAAGAAUUUAAAGCGAGCAUGAGCCAAGAAUAUGCUGAUCUCGCCUACACUCUAGGAAUUAUGCAUCUAAUUAUCGUUGUCAAUAAGGUAGAUACGAUCAACUACGACGAGAAACGUUUUCGAGAUUACUCCAAUGAAAUGAGACUACUUGUCGGCAAAGUCGGAUACAACCCUGAUAAUGUUAAAGUGAUUCCUGUCUCUGGAUUAAACGGCGACAAUAUCCUUAAACUUAGUCCACAUACGCCUUGGUAUAAGGGUCCAACUUUGCUACAGAGUAUUGAUAUCACAUCGCCAUUAAUUAAUCCAGUUGAUAAGCCCCUUCGUUUUUCAAUUGAGAACGUAAGGUUGCUUGAGGACAUGAGGAUUAUCUCAUUUGGCAAGCUUGAGUCUGGUAUUAUGAAAACCGGCAUGGAUGUGUCUUUUGCGCCUUCUGGAAUUACUUCCAAAGUACUCGUAAUAAAAAAAGCCAACGAUUCAAUCGCUGAGGCUGAAUUUGGUGAUAAGAUCGGUUUUUUAGUUAAGGAAAUAUCGGUUGGUGACAUUGCUAACGACAAUAUUGUUGGGGAUUUAAACAAUAACCCUCCGAGGCCAGCUAUUGAUUUUACUGCUCUGAUUUGCAUUCUUGAUUUUCCUGGUGAAAUUAGUGCUGGCUUUACUUCUCCUCUGGAUUGCCACAAUAUUCGUGUUCCGGGCAAGUUUAUUGAGUUACUUGAAAAGAUCGACCCACAAACUGGCCAGGUUAUCGAGCGAAAUCCCCCAAAGAUCAAGUCGGGUGACGCCGCAAUUGUCAAAAUAGUUCCUCGCAAGCCCGUUUGCCUUGAAGUCUUUUCACAAUACCCCAGUCUAGGUCGAUUUUCUAUUCCAAAUGGCGAUUCUAAAGCCAUAUUUGGCGUGAUCAAAUCUAUAACAUUCAAGGAAAAAAAAUCAAUGACUUCCUUGUCCCAAAGAAUCAAGAAACGCUUUUCAAGUAGAUAA